AUGAUGGAAGAGAGUGGAAUAGAGACAACUCCACCUGGCACGCCCCCACCAAGCACAGCAGGGGCUGCUGCUGCUGCUACACCUGUCUCAUUAGCUUUGUCCAGUCCCCUUGCUACACCAAGCAUGUCAUCUUCUCCCGCAUACUCACCACCUUUGCCAGCUGGAGUGUCUCCACUUCCUGCUCCUAUGAUGACUUCAGCUUCUCUUCCACUCGUGCCUUCUGCAACGGUUUCUACUAUUGCUCCACCUCUAACUCCUGCCCCACCCCCUGUUGCCCCUUCAUCUUUUAAUACCUCCAUGUCCCAGUUCUCUACACCACCUCCAUUAAGCUCUACUACUGGCCCUGGUCUUCCUGCACCUCCCACUGGUCCCCCCAUUUCAGGAUUUUCCAUGUCUUCAACCUAUGACAUUACCAGAGGUCAUGCUGGUCGAGCACCACAGAGCCCACUGAUGCCAUCGUUUUCUGCACCUCCGGUCACAGGUGUUUUGGCAGAUCCUAUUACUCAACAGGCAACUUUCUCAUCACCUUUGGCUCCUGGAACUGGUUCUGCAAUCACUUUUCCUGAGGAGCGUGAAGACCCCAGAGUAGUUACUGCCCAAGGUGGAACACCUGCUGGAGGACUGUGGGGGUUUAUAAAGGGUGUAGCUGAGAAUCCCAUGGUGAAGUCUGUUCUUGAUAAAACCAAACAUUCAGUGGAGACCAUGAUCACAACGCUGGAUCCUGGCAUGGUUCCAUAUAUCAAAACUGGGGGAGAACUGGACAUAGUGGUUACUUCUAACAAAGAGGUAAAAGUUGCAGCAAUUCGAGAUGCCUUUCAAGAAGUCUUUGGAAUGGCUGUUGUUACUGGAGAGGCUGCACCGUCUAACAUUGCACCCCAACCUGUGGGCUAUGCUGCAGGUUUAAAAGGAGCCCAAGAAAGGAUAGACAGCUUGCGUCGGACAGGAGUAAUACAUGAAAAACAGCCUGCUGUAUCAGUAGAAAACUUCAUUGAGGAAUUGCUUCCUGACAAGAAACAAAACUACUCAUUUCAAACUCUUUCAAUAAUCACUUCUCAAAAUGUUACACAGGCUAAGAAUCUCACUCCUCAGGACUACAAUCUGAGAUGGUCAGGCCUGUUGGUGACCGUGGGCGAAGUGCUUGAGAAGAGUAUACUGAAUGUCAACAGGACUGAUUGGCACAUGGUAUUCACUGGCAUGUCCCGUCGACAGAUGAUCUACAGUGCAGCUAAGGCUCUAGCGGGAAUGUACAAACAGCAGUUACCACCCAGGACCAUUUGAAAGAAGGCUGAUCCACAACACUAAGG